AUGGGUGGAAGAGUGAUGUUACCAUUGUUGUUAUGCCUCUCGGCAGCAGGACCACCGCUGCUUGUCCAAGGUGGUGAUCCUUACCUUUUCUUUACUUGGAAUGUCACCUAUGGUUCAAUCUCACUUGGCACCCCCCAGCAAGGCAUUCUAAUCAACAAUCAAUUCCCCGGACCAAAUAUCAACUCUACCACCAACAACAACAUUGUCAUCAAUGUCUUCAAUUAUCUUGAUGAGCCAUUCCUUUUGACAUGGAAUGGCAUACAACAUAGGAAGAACUCGUGGCAGGAUGGUGUGCUUGGAACCAACUGCCCCAUUCCCCCUAAGACAAAUUACACCUAUCGCUUUCAGGUAAAGGACCAAAUCGGUAGCUACAUGUAUUACCCCGUGACAGCUAUGCAUAAGGCAGUUGGAGGUUUUGGUGGCCUUCGUAUUAAUAGUCGACUUCUCAUUCUAGUCCCAUGCGAUGAUCCAGCUGAUGAUUACACCAUCCUGGCAGGUGACUGGUUUAGCAAAGGACACAUUGCAAUCAAGAAAAUCCUAGAUAGUGGUCGAAACCUUGGUAGAUGUGACGGUGUCCACAUUAAUGGAAAAGUUGCAAAAGGUGAUGGCAAAGAUGAACCUCUCUUCACCAUGGAGCCUGGAAAGACCUAUAAGUAUAGAAUUUGCAAUGUUGGAAUCAAAACAACUCUCAACAUACAGUUUCAAGGCCACAACAUGAGACUGGUUGAGAUGGAGGGUUCCCACACAAUGCAAUCUAUGUACGACUCCCUUGAUGUGGAUGUUGGACAAUGCUAUAGUGUGCUUAUGACGGCCAACCAAGAACCCAUGGAUUACUAUGUUGUGGCCUCUACCCGAUUUACAAGACAAAUGGUUACUGCCACCGGCAUCAUCCGCUACACAAACGGCAAGGGAGUGGCUUCAUCUAAGCUACCUCCACCACCUACAAGUUGGGCUUGGUCACUCAAUCAAUUUCAUACCUUCCGUUGGAAUCUCACUACUAGCGCUGCCAGGCCUAAUCCUCAAGGCUCCAACCAUUAUGGUUCUAUUAACAUUACUCGUACCAUAAAACUAAUUAACACUGCUGGUAAAUUAAAUGACAAACUCCGAUAUGCCAUUAAUGGAGUCUCGUAUGUCGAGCCAUCCACUCCAUUAAAACUUGCGGAAUACUAUAACGUUGUUGAUAAGGUUUUCAAGUAUGAUAACAUUGUUGACGACCCACCAGCUGAGAUAUCAAAAAUCACUCUAGAUCCUAUUGUUCUCAACUUGACAUAUCGAGAUUUUAUAGAAAUCAUCUUCGAGAAUCAUGAAAAUGCCAUUCAAUCAUGGCACUUGUCUGGCUAUUCAUUCUUUGUAGUGGCCAUCGAGACUGGAACUUGAAGUCCUAAGAAGAGAAAGAACUACAAACUUCUUGACACAGUUAGCAGGCACACUAUUCAAGUGUUCCCACAAUCCUGGGCUGCUAUCCUUUUGACUUUUGACAACUGUGGAAUGUGGAACAUCAGGUCUGAGAUAUGGGACAGGCACUACGUUGGGCAGCAGCUUUAUGUUAGCGUUCUCUCCUCUGCAAGUUCCCUUAAGGAUGAGUACAACAUGCCCGAUGACUCACCGCUUUGCGGAAUUGUGGAAAGCAUGCCAAAGCCUCAACCAUGCAACGUUUGA